ACAUAGAGAGAGAGAGAGCCAUAGAGAGAAAGAGAGAGAGAGAGAGAAAGAGAGAGAGAGAGAGACAGAGAGAAGAGAGAGUUGGAGAGAGGAGGAAAAUAAGCCCAGGCACAGGGAGACAAAAGCUGCAGAGAGAGAGAAGACUGUUACCUUCUUGCCCUCCACUAAAAGAACAACGGAGGAGGAGGAGGAAGAAGACAAAAGGAGGAGGGAGGCGUACAGUACUGAACAUACUGGAACAGAAUUCAUAGGCUCCUUUUUCAUUACCCUCCUCCAUGUUUUAGGGGGAUUCUACACUAGUGCAUUUGACUGCUGCCUUCUACUUCAUCUCUAAAAAGAAAGAAAGAGAGGAAGAAAGAAAGAGGAGGAUGUCGGGGAAGAAAGAGUUUGACGUGAAACAGAUCCUCAGGCUGCGUUGGCGCUGGUUUAGUCAUUCAUCCCAGAGUUCUGCCGGUGGUGGAGGAGGAGGAGGAGGAGGUGGAGGAGGAGGUGGAGGAGGAGGAGGAGUAGGAUACCUCCAGGGGAGCUUUGAUCACAGAGGGACCCCAGUCCAGGGCAGGCUGAAGAGUCACUCCCGGGACCGAGGUGGCAGCGGAGGGGGACUCUGGAAGCAGAACAGCAACAGUCCGGUCCAUAGUAUCUUGGCCCCCACGCCUGUCUAUGUCAGAGCCAGUAAUCAAUCAUGGCACCAGCAGAACAUUAUUCAGCACCUGCAGCAGCAAGGUGGCCACGAGCUGCCUAAGAACAGCAGCUCACCUAACAACACCAGGAAGGAGGACUGCUCCAAGAGCAGCCGGGAGAAUGUGAAGAGUGUAGAGGAGUCCUCGGAGACGGAAGCAAGACACAGGAUGUGCUCCAACGGCUCAGAUGAGUUCUUCCAGGCUACAAACCACGCGGAACAGACCUUUCGCAAGAUGGAGACUUAUUUUCAGCACAAGCAGCUGUGUGAUGUUGUCUUGAUAGCAGGAGAUCAUAAGAUCCCAGCUCACAGAUUGGUCCUCAGUGCAGUAUCUGACUACUUUGCUGCCAUGUUCACCAGCGACGUGAGAGAGGCCAAACAGGAGGAGAUCAAGAUGGAGGGGGUGGAUCCAGAAGCCUUGAGAUCUCUGGUCCACUUUGCCUACACUGGUGUCCUUGAAUUGAAGGAGGAGACCAUAGAGAGUUUAUUGUCUGCAGCCUGCCUUCUGCAGCUCUCACAAGUCAUUGAGGUCUGCUGUAACUUCCUCAUGAAACAACUCCAUCCAUCUAACUGCCUGGGGAUACACUCCUUCGCUGAUGCCCAGGGAUGCAUGGAUUUGCUCAAUGUGGCCCACAACUACACUAUGGAGCACUUCAUAGAGGUGAUUCAGAACCAGGAGUUUCUCCUGCUUCCUACUGCUGAGAUCGUCAAACUCUUGGCCAGUGACGACAUAAACGUACCAGAUGAGGAGACCAUCUUCCAGGCUCUGAUGACGUGGGUGCGGUUCGACGUUGAGCAUCGCCAGCAGGACCUUGGGGUUCUCCUGGCCUACAUCCGCCUGCCUCUUCUACCUCCACAGCUCCUAGCUGACCUGGAGAACAACACGAUGUUCUCAGAUGACCUGGAAUGCCAGAAGCUUCUAAUGGAAGCCAUGAAGUACCAUCUGCUGCCAGAGCGUCGCCUCAUGUUCCAGAGCCCCAGGACUAAACCCAGGAAGUCCACCGUAGGAGUACUCUACGCUGUGGGAGGCAUGGAUGCUACCAAGGGAUCUACGACCAUAGAGAAGUAUGACCUGCGGACCAACACGUGGAUCCAGGUGGGGGUGAUGAACGGCCGGAGGCUGCAGUUCGGGGUGGCAGUGAUCGACGACAAGCUGUACGUGGUGGGGGGCCGAGACGGGCUGAAGACUUCCAACAUGGUGGAGUGUUACAACCCUUUCAACAAUGUCUGGUCCACCAUGCCUCCCAUGUCUACACACAGACACGGACUCGGUAUAACAGUGUUGGAGGGCCCCAUGUAUGCAGUAGGCGGCCAUGAUGGAUGGAGUUACCUGAAUACGGUGGAGAGGUGGGACCCCCAGGCUAGACAGUGGAACUACGUGGCAAGCAUGUCCACCCCACGCAGCACCAUGGGAGUCACCGCACUCAACGGGAAAUUGUUUGCAGUUGGCGGUCGGGACGGGAGCUCGUGUCUGCGGUCGAUGGAAUGCUUUGAUCCACACACCAACAAGUGGAGUAUGUGUGCCCCCAUGGCGAAGCGGAGAGGAGGGGUGGGUGUGGCCACGUACAACAGCUUCCUCUAUGCUGUGGGUGGUCAUGAUGCCCCGGCGUCCAACCACUGCUCCAGGCUAUCAGACUGUGUAGAGAGGUAUGAUCCCAAAACAGACACAUGGACCACGGUAUCCUCUCUGAGUGUCCCCAGGGAUGCUGUAGGUAUCUGUCUGCUAGGAGACAGGCUAUAUGCUGUCGGAGGAUACGAUGGAACGUCCUACCUGAACAGUGUUGAGUCCUAUGAUGCACAGAACAAUGAAUGGACUGAGGAGGUCAAUCUCAACAUCGGAAGGGCUGGAGCCUGUGUUGUAGUUGUGAGAAUACCUUGAGGACUACAACUCCCUACAACGCCCUGGAAUGACACACAGGAAACCGGAUAUGAUGUCACCACUGAUGUCGCUAAGAAUAUGUUUUUUUUUCUACUGUAAAGGCAAACCUAUAUUGCAUUCCUCACAAACCAUUGUUUCUAUCAACAGUGAUUUUCAUUGUCCAAGGAUUUUCUCUUUGAUUCUGAGAAUGUACUUUACCAUAUCUACGGAUCAACAAUCUACAUAGUAGUGGUUAAAAAAGUAGGAAACUCUGCCACACUCUUGUUGAUAUGGUCUGUCAGAAAAUAAUGUUUUCUAUAUGAUACAAAGAAAGAAAUGACAUUUAACCCAUAAGAGUUGAAACCCUGUCUAAGCCAGGGGAGGGGGAUUUUACGACCCAUUUAUGCCUGCUGUUAGCCAAUACAAACGCAUUGAAUAACAGAUUCACCACAUGGAACAACAGACAGGAUAGUCCCAAAACAAAAUGUCCUGUAUCUGUCUGUCCUGUAUCUGAGAGAUAUAAGAAAGAUCAGGAAGAAUUAGGUUUUUGUUUUUUUAACAUGUAUUUAACCCCCUCCUUUCUAUUUUUGUUGUUGCACUGAACAGUCUAAGCAGGUGGGGGGGGGGGGGGGGGGGGGGUCUACGAAGCUAUAUGGAAUUGUUUUAAGAAGGUCAUACCAAGGGUCAUUUAGCUAUUUUAUUUAGAAUUUUAAGACCCCUUGAAGUAUCAAAAAAUUAUUAAAAAAAAUAAAAAUUGAUUAACAUUUUUUAUUUGGCCUUACUGCUAUUAGCCAAAACAAACAUUGAAAAACAGAUUCACUACAUAGAACAAAAAAAAAUCUAAAGGAAGUUUGUUCUGAAGUGUCUUUCCUAUAUCUUAGAGGUAUAAGAAAGAAAAACAUGUGUUAUUUUUGGCACUGAACAGUCUCUAUAUACAGUAUACUUCCAAACAUUUUAUUCAACUGAUACCGGGGGACUUUCAGACGAGUCUUACGAGACAUUUACGUGGUAAUGAGAGUCUCACCUUUACACAGAUGGGUUAUAUUAGUGUGUAGCCCAAACUGUUCGAAUGCUACAGACAGCAGUUGGCAGAUCGGCUGUACCGAGUUCAGAGAAGUCCUAAGAAACUUGUGCGGGUUUGUAGAGCCAAAUGAAGAACACCAUCAUGUGUGUGAGAGUCUCAUCCUUACAUAGAGGGGUCAUAAUAGUUUGGACGUUGCAUGAGAUUUUGUGAAACAACAUGUUUGUUUUUUUGGGGGGGGGGGGUCUCAUGGUCUGACAAGCAUCAGUCUAGCUCUGUCGAAAUAGGUUAAACUGACCGAUUUUGAUUGGAGUUUGUUGUAUUAUGCUAAUUAGAUAUCCGACAGGUGCAAUUGAUACUUUUACAUUUAUACAGUACCAUUCUAUAUUUGUCUCAUCACAUAUUAAUAUUUUUUUGAUUCAUAUUCUAAAAUAUAUAUCUCUCUUUUAGCCAACUGGAAAUGAAUACCUCUCUGUUGAUAACUGGUUCAUUUCCUAUCUGGACGAAGGUGCUCUGUACCAAUGAUUUCUACUCUUGGACAAACAGUUUUUUAAGAAAGACCACUGUGAAUAAUACUGAAGAUGAUGAGUUUGUAAAGUACAACACCGGGAUGCUUUGUCAGACCAAUUUGAGGAAGUUACUCAUAAUGGAUAUCGUUUUUUUUAGAAAGGAAAGAAAUCUAAAUGACAUUUUUCAAAAUGUUUUUUCUCUUCUUUUUGUUCUCUUGGAAGCUAAAAGUUUAAAUGUUUUGUGUCAUGUUUUAAAAAUUAAGUUUACACAAUCGUGAAUAUAUAGAUAUAUCAUAUUGAUAUUUCGCAUUACUGUAAAGAUUGUUUGCAAGUUUGUCAAAAUUGCAGUCAUCUUUAUAACCUCACAUCAUUCCUAAACCAUUAUUGUCAUCUCCAGAUGUUGGUUUUUAUUAUUUUGGCAUUCUAGUUAAUAUUACGUUGUAAAUUAAACAAUAUGCCGUUCCUUUUUCCAUUUGACUUAUAAAUAUACUGUGGGCUGGUUUCCCAGACACAGAUUAAGUCUAGUCUUGUACUAAGAUACACUUUCAAUGGAGAAUCUCCAUGAAACACAUUUGUUUUUGUUUAGGCCUAGACCUCGGCUUUUAUCUGUGUCUGGGAAUCCGGCCCUGUAUGACAUUGAGAACAUUACUAAAGCUUUGAGUUACUACGUUAUCACCAUGUGUACAGACUCUUUCACAACAUGGCCUGUUGAGUUCAUCUGUAACAACAGGACUUUAUUCUGUUUACACUGAGGAUCGUUCAGCUUGGAAUAUUACAAAUAUAUUGACAUGCUCUGAGGCCAAAUGUAGAUUUUUAUCCUGAUUUUUACACUGCGUACAGAUCUAGAAAUAAAACGACUUCAUUGUC